AUGCUCUCGCCAACCUUGGCAACCGAACUUACUCAGGGCAAGUCGUCCGAUUUCGCAGCACCUGCUCUCUACGUGCUUCCUCCUAGUUCACUGACAGGGCAACUCAGACGUAACCGACAUCCAACAAACUGCGAUAUUUCUAUUGUGGAUGAGAGGACACGGCAGCACAGCGUCCAAAUCGAAUUCGAUGCAUGCUUCGGUGACUUACAGCUACAGCUCUCUCGCGAUCUUUGCAUAGCCACUGUUCGCCUGGCCGAGUUAAUGGCUCACGAACAAAAUCUAAAAGAACAGUUUAGCCGUCGUCCGAAUGUUCCCGUCUACCGCAACACACAGAAAUGGUGGCGAUAUGCUGCUGGUGAGAUUCGUCCUCCUCUCCGAUCGUAUUUUAACGCUACCAUGCACACCACCUUUGAAGCGCUCGCUGGUGAGGCGAAGCUUAAUGUUCGUUAUGUGAACGCCUAUACAAACUAUUUGGUCCGAGGCUUAAUCGAUGCUUCAGAAGUGCCCUCAGGUGCCGAACAAGAGACGGUUAGUGCAGCCGGUUCGGAUCUUCGGGCAACCUCAGAAGACUCUGAGGAUAAUUUCCGCAGACAAGCCGAUCACCAAUGGCCUGUCAGCAGGAUUGCUACUCUUCGUUUGGUGGCGAUGCGCCGCGCAGCUGCCACUUUACAAAAGGGCUUGAAACCACGCUUCCCAUCUACCUCUGACCGCCUUUCACCGGAUGAACUUGCAUCGCCCAUGGGUUUGUCUUCAUCCAUUCCACGGCGGAGUUUCACAGAGAGCGCAGUAUGCUUGAUACUGGCCGCAGUGACGCUGAUCAUCUAA